GAUCUUACUAUGUCUUUCUUUUUAUUGCAGGUGUCUGUGACUAAAGCUGACAGAUCCUUAGGUUUUGCCAUUCAAACGUGCUUUGUUUCCCCAUUUUCAAAUCCAGAUAGAAUGUCUGAUUACACCAUUAUAGAAAAUAUUUGUCCUAAGGAUGAAUCUGUUAAAUUCUACAGCACUGAGAAGUUGAACUUCCCAAUAGCACAUGCGCAGAAGGACAAAAAAAGAUUUAGCUUUGUGUUUAAACCAAUAUUCAACAUCUCACUGCUCUUUCUUCACUGUGAGUUAACUUUGUGUACAAAUAAAGACAAAGAUACUCAAAGACUGCCUAAGUGUGUUCCUCCUGAUGAAGCUUGCACCUCUCUGAAUGUGGAUAUGAUCUUGGCCAUGAUGCACAACAAAAAAACCUUCACCAAGCCUCUUGUAAUAACUCAUGAAGGGAAACUAGAAGAUUCUUCUCUUCCAAAAUCAAAUGUGAGACAACCGUCUGUGUUCUAUGGCUUGGACACUCUGACUGUCGUGGGCAUUGCCUUUGCAGCAUUUGUAAUUGGAGCCCUGCUAACAGGAGCGCUGUGGUUUAUCUACUCUCACACAGGGGAAGCAGCUGGACGACGGCAGGUCCCUACAUCCCCACCAGCCUCUGAGAACAGCAGCGCAGCGCACAGCAUUGGCAGCACGCAGAGCACUCCUUGUUCCAGCAGCAGUGCAACCUAACUGUGGGGAGAGCAACACUGAGGAACAGCAUAGGAGUGCAGAGGUUCAAAGGACUGUGUGUUGUUGACAUCAGCGUUUUAAUGCUCAAAGUUUGGUUCCUUUAUGAAAACGUGAGGAUAGAUUGUUCUACAGAAAAGAAGACUGAUUUUCUUUUGGGGAAGCCACUAUGUGUACGUGUGUGUACACGUGCACGCAAUGCAUGGGUAAGCACAGCCUUUUGGAUCUAUAGCAUGUUAUGCUACAUGUGACAAAGCUACUAAUGUUACAGUACUGCAACCUGUUCUAGGGGUCUCUUGGCCCUCAAUGUGAAAUCUUUGCCAGUUUGGAAAAAUGCUGCUUUGUCUAUAUGACUUUUUUCCCUAAACCGUCUCAACACAAGGUAUUCAUUAAGGGAAUUCAAAAAGAUAAGCAGAACAAAAAUUAUCUUAGGUCAAAAGAUUUCUAUUUGUCUAAGCAAGAAAGCCUGAAGGUGAAAUCUCUUUGAUUAAUAACAUGUUAUUAUUUCAGCUAUGUUAGCAACUUACGAGUAACCUUUGUUUUGUUAAGCUUACAGCUACAGCAUCUCAUUUCACUUUUCUGUUGUGUUUGCAGCCUCAGGCUUGUUCCAGUUAUUUCUGUUUUAAUACACGCUGAUUUGGUAAUUGGAGAAGAGCACGCUCUAACAUUCCCUUUCCUCUUUUCCAGGCCAAAGCUCUUUUAAUGAGAGAUUUUUUUUUAAUCUGCUAUACCAAAUACAAACACACACAAACAGAUAAAUAAUGUUCUUAUGCACUAGUAUAAACGUGUGUGUACAUUUAAUGGCACUGUCCUUAUACAAAUAGAUGUAUAUCUCAAUAUUUACAUCCAAAUUUGUUAUUUCAACAACUGCAAAAUUAGCUCAGCGUUCCUUCCAUAUGUAAAACAUAAAAUGCAUAUAUAUGAAACAGCAGGCUUCUUGGUUCAUAAUGGGUAGAUAGAGGAGAUUAAAACAAAAAAAGGUGGUGGUAGUUCUACUCCUUUAGAUCCCCUCAAAUUCCCUUUGAAAUAAAAGAUGAUUUUGAGAGGGCAUAGAGAAUGUGCAGUAAAGCCUAUUGUUUUUGUAAAAUGCCACCUAUGAAACUAAGCUAUUCUCUUAAGUAUGCAGUUGUUUGUGCCAAACCAUUGUAUGAAGAUUGCAAGCCAAUAGUCCCAUAGUAGCAUUCAAAUGCAGAAAGCACAAAAAGGUACUAAUUGUCUCAGUUGUUUUUUUUUUUUUUAGUGAAUUGCCAUAGCUUGACCUUUGACUAGAUGCCAAAUGAGAAGAAACAAUAAGUAAUUUUUAAUGUGUGAUUCUUUGACUGUUAUGUUGCCACUUUGUAAUUUUAAUGUGUCCUACUGAUCCUUCUCCUAUAAGGAAAAAUGAGUGUUGUUUUCCUCUACAAAUGGGAUAACUAACUUUCAUUAAUUUUAGUAAAGAUUACCUGUGUUUUGCAAGAGGAGAAGGGAAUUGAUUACACUAGAGUGAUAGUCUGCUCUGAAGUCUGAGCUGCAGAUUUCUUUUGCUGAUUCUACACUUGUGCCUUGCUGAUGCGAGGGUGGUCAAAGUGCAAGAUAUGCAAUGGAUGUUAAGCGCCCAGAGUUGGGUAGAAGAAUAUUGCUCAAUUUGAACCAAAUUUGUUACCAAUCCUGCAAACAUUCAUGCCUGUGGGUAGCUACGUGCAUCAUCUUGAUAGUGCCUGAAUAUGCUCAGCUCUACAAUUCACUGGUAUUCUCAGUGUCAAUAGAGACAUCCAGUGCAUAGAGUUAAGCAUGUGAAAAGUGUUUUAUGUUACCAGGCCAAUGAGUAUUCCUGGAAACAUCAGCAGGAAUUGUCAUGCAAGUGUAGUUCUACCCAUGCACAAGAGUAUGUGGGAUUGGUUCUGAUAAGAGGUGUCAGGAGGAUGAAGGUGCUACCUGUGUGGUCAAAAAGAAAGUGCUUUGCCUAACCUUCAGCAGAAUGUAUUGUAAAAGCAUAUUCUAUGUGUAAAGUCUUUAAAGAUGUCUUCAAAGAAGACUAGAGUCUUUAAGUUCAAUCAUAGCUAUAUUUUACUACAUUAAAUUUGUGUAUAAAGAUAUAUUUAAAUGUUUUAGAUAAAUGUAAGUUACUCUAUAUGAAAUGUUUAAUUUCAGUUACUGUGAAAUUUACAUACUCUGUAAAUUCUUUCCUUGCUUUAACCCUUUCCUUCAGAUAUUUUAUUGAGUAGUUUCUCAUAAGAAGUUUUAGAUUUGGUUGUUGGGAGGGAUGGGUUAAAAAUUUCUAUGUAAAAUAGAUAACUAUAUUUUUGAGGGAAAUGUGCUGCAUUAAGAAUGUUUUUAUAAAAAAAAAUACUCUAAUUUUAAAAUGAUGUAGAGAUUUAUAUUUACUGUUGGAUAAACCAAAAAUAUAUAAAGUUCAAAGAUUCAGUUUAUUGGCUUUGAUUUCAAAUAUUUUAAUUAACUGAACUUGGUGUACUUAGCUGUUUAAUUCAGAAAUUUUAAUCAAUCUGAAUUAAUUGGCUAUUGGAGAUUACCAAAAAUAUAUGUAAGUCUUUAGCAGAUGGAAGAGGCAUUUCUGAUUCAAGAGAGAGAGAGAGCUAAAAUGGACGUUCCAAGUUAAUAGCUUUAUUACAAAAACCUAUAGUACUUUCCAGAUAUUAAGUUGCCUGUGAUUCAGAGUACUGAUGCACCUGAAAGCUCUGCUUUUAUAACAGCCAUUCAUAUCUACUGCAAGUUUCUGUAUUUGGUGUGGCAAGCUAUCUGAAUGUGUAACUGCAAAGUCACUCAUUCCCAAUGCAAUUGAACGUGGGCUUGUCACAGUAUUUCAUGCGGCAAAUGUCUGCCUGUUGUGGAGACCCACCAGGACAUCUCUGUACCACUGGUGUCCAAGCAUAGGCCUUUAAAGCAGGGCUUCAGGGAGGCUGGUCACAUGCUGGCUCAUCACAGUGGCAACUUUUAGCCUAAUCGAAUUUACUCCAAAGGAACUUCUUAUGCAAGAAUAGGAGGACUGGGUUUAAAAGGGACACCUUUUCUCUGAAAGCUAGCAGUAACAUACUUAAACUCCGAACCAUACUGCUUGUUGUGACAUUCGCUGCCUAAUCACUAACUUGUUAGAGCCUUUGGUGUUGGACAUUACUAUAUUGAAGUUUCAAGAAGUCAGAGCUUUAUAUGUUAGAAUGUUUUUGUAGUGUUUUCUGCAUGGAAAUGGAUUUUCCAAAAUGUCUGUAGAUGUCGAUGAUUGUAAACUUUCCCCUGCCUUUUUCUAACCAUUUCUUGUAUGUACGUUAUGUACCAUUCUUUCUGUUACAUAUAUCUACCUCACACUUCACAAGAAGACUGUACUGUUGGUUGUGCUGACAGCCCUUCCUGUGAGGUGACUGAUCUGCCAUGUUGUUGUUUGUCAUUUCGGGGAUGUUCAUGGAGUUAACGAUAUUUCGCUGCCAUGUACCUACCAGUUCCACGCAGUAUUCUCACCUUUAAAUAAAUAAGUAUAUUUCUUUAGGAUCCAAAUGCCAGAUUUUUUUUUAAAUCAAAGAACAUUAGAAAUGUACUUGCUAAUACCUGUGGCCAGUCAGAACAUCCCGUUUGUACUACACUUUAUGUUCAGUAUUUCAGAGACUUGUGGAAAGUGCUUAGUUGUACAGUUUUGAUAACCACAGUUUCAUGUCAUCUUAGUCUCUUGUGCACAAUAAAGUAUAUAUCAAUUUAA